CCACGCAGGUUUCUCUGGGACCUUGUAAACAUCGAACAUGGCCCCUGAGCUCCUCUGGUGAACGGUAGUCGUGGUCCCGGGUCUCAGGUUUCAGACGAGGGGCCUCCUGACGGGGCCCGGUGACGUGGAGCAGGAGGAGGAGGAGGAGGAGGAGGAAGAGGAGCAGCGGCUCUGCUGGAGCCUCUCAGCCGUCUUCAGUCGUCUCUCUCCUGCGGGACACAUGGGGUCAGUGCGGGGCUGUGCGGGUUCACUGUGACGGAUGAGCGACGAGGACGCGGACGCACGCACACCCCGAUGAGAGCGCGCGCUAAUUAGGAAAACCUGGUCGAGCAAUUAAGCGCGAGGAGCAGACGUCGACGCGCGACCUGCAGGGAAGCUCGGUCCGGUCAGCGCGACCCAGAGAAGCGAGUGUUACGCGCAGAGCUUGGUUUUCUCCGCGGGACGAGGCUGGAGCAGUGCGCACGACCGUGAGUCCUGUUUGCGUCACUUCUACACGCACAUCUCAUCACGCAACGGCUUGAAAAAGCUGAUCUCGCUCCCCCCCUCACCUCGCCACCAUGAGCUGGAGCUUCCUCACCCGUCUGCUGGACGAGAUCUCCAACCACUCCACCUUCGUGGGGAAGAUCUGGCUGACGGUGCUCAUCGUCUUCCGCAUCGUGCUGACGGCGGUCGGCGGUGAAACCAUCUACUACGAUGAGCAGAGUAAAUUUGUCUGCAACACGCAGCAGCCCGGGUGUGAGAACGUGUGCUACGAUGCGUUCGCACCACUCUCACACGUUCGAUUCUGGAUCUUUCAGGUCAUCAUGAUCACCACCCCAACCAUCAUGUACCUGGGAUUCGCCAUGCACAAGAUCGCCCGCAUGGACGACAGCGAGUACCGACCGACCUGCACCCAGAGGAAGAGGAGGAUGCCCAUCGUCAGCCGAGGAGCCGUCCGUGACUACGAGGAGGCGGAGGACAACGGCGAGGAAGACCCCAUGAUCGCUGAGGAGAUCGAACCUGACAAACCCGACAAGCCAGAGAAAAGUGCAGAGAAGAAGCAUGACGGUCGGCGGAGGAUCAUGCGUGACGGCCUGAUGAAAGUCUACAUCUGCCAGCUGCUGUGGCGCUCGUCCUUCGAGGUCGCCUUCCUGUUUGGCCAGUACAUCCUGUACGGCUUCGAGGUGAUCCCCUCCUAUGUCUGCACUCGCUCCCCGUGCCCGCACACGGUGGACUGCUUCGUGUCGCGCCCCACGGAGAAGACCAUCUUCCUGCUGGUGAUGUACGUGGUGUCCUUCCUCUGCCUGCUCCUCACCCUCCUGGAAAUCGUCCACCUGGGGAUCGGCGGGAUCCGCGACACCUUCCGCAGUCGGGCUACCCUCAACGCUCGAACCUCGCAGCCGCCCUCCUCCAUGCCGACGGCGCCGCCAGGAUACCACGCCACCAUGAAGAAGGAGAAACUAAAAAAAGGGUUAAGGCAUUCGCCCAUAGCCGACUCCGGGAGGGAGAGUUUUGGGGACGUGGCGAGCUCGUCCAGGGAGCUGGAGCGGCUGAGGAGGCACCUGAAGCUGGCGCACCAGCACCUGGACCUGGCCUACCAGGCAGAGGAAGGGAGCCCGUCACGGAGCAGCAGCCCGGAGGUCAACACGCCCGCACAGACCGCCGCCGAGCAGAACCGCCUCAACUUUGCCCAGGAGAAACAGGGAGAGGCCAGCGAGAAAGGAAUACAUGCCUGAGCGUGCUUCCUGCCUCAAACGUCUGUUCUUCCAUUCCUACUGGCCUUAAACACAUGGGGGAAGCACAUAUGGGAAUGCAGUCAGACCACUGAGGGAGACCAAAGUGUGCGUGUGUGUUUGUUUUUGUGUGUUUGUGUGUUUGUUUGUGUGUGUGUGUGUGCGUGGAUGAGAGAAUUGAGCCUUUCAGUAUUAGGGGUCAGUCCAAAAAAGAAAAAGAGGGAGAAACGCUGACCCAGCUGUGUUGUGACAAAUGCUUCAUCUCCACGACUGUAAACUUGAACGCCUGCCACAUCUCCGAUCUCUGCUCGCCAGCCUGCGUCCAAACCUCGUCUCCACCCUGCUCCCACUCGCCACGAAACCCUGGUCCCGUUCAGACCUGGAUCCACAUGAGAUUCCAAGCUCCUCCGGCUGCCUCCUCCUUUUGCUUUUCAUAAAGUUCAGACUCUGUCGAGGCUCGUCGUCCUCCGACAGAAUCUCAAACAGCGCCGCCUCGGGUUAUAUCAUUUGUGGAGCGUGCAGAGCAGCGCUAACCAGAUCAGAUGUUGGGGAUUAGUGGAGCCAAACCUUUUCAGAAAAGAUAUUUGAAGCCUCCAUGUUUACUCCAAUCUGCCAAAAUGUUUACCUGGGAAAUGCUUGAAUUCUUUAUGGAAGAGAAUACUUUUUUUGUACAAUCAUUUCAUUUGAAAUACUCAAUAAUACUUUUUUUUUUUUUAAAGACCACAUCUGUAGAUUAGUAGUUUAGAAGGACGUGUUCGACGGUGGCCACUUAGAUGUUGCUGAUCCUUUAAUUCUCCAGAUAUAAACCCAUUUACAUUGUUCUCCGUUACAGUUAAACGUUAAUUUCAUUUCUCUUAGCGAAGCGGCUGGAAACAUCUGUCUCCAAGGCUACUGUCCACAGUCAAAACUCCAUCCUUGUCUUUUGAAAUUUACAUUCUUCUUUGGUGAGACACAUUUUCCAUCCUGGACGUGCACCGCUGCUCCUCCUCUCCGCUGCAGCAUGGAGGCCGUGGUGCGUCCUGGAGAGGAUGACAGCUGCCGACACGGUGCCAUGUAAACACACACCAGCUCCCACUUUCUUCUUCCUCCUCUUCUGUAGCUUUCGUUGUUCGUGCAGAGUUUAUUGUUUGUUGGUUUUAUGAUCUGUGGCUGGAAGACUCCAAAGACCACUUUGCCAAAGCAGCUGUUUGAUGCUGUUCCUUGUUUUCAUCUCACUUCCAGUUCUGCUACUUUUCUCAAGGUCCGACAUUUCAUGUUGAAUAUUGUACGUCAGCGGUUUAUACUUGUUCCUUUUCUAUUGCAAGUUUUGUAGUUUUUGUAACUGUAGAGAUUAUUUUGUCUUCAGAGUAAAUAAAUAUAUUUGAACGAGAA